AUGAACAAUAACAACAGCACUGAACAACCGCCGUUUCGAUCCCAUCCCGUCGCGAAAAAUGGCGACAAGUUUCCUCGUGUUUCGAGCAGUCCGUCGCUGAAGGCGCUCGAAUCUCAAACGAAUAUGCAGGAAAUGAUGAGUGCUCUGCUGCAGGAUAGGAGUGAGUUCCCCAUUUCCCGAGAGGAAUCGACGAUUUCUGAGCAGAAUCCAAAUGGGGAGACCAAUUCCAUGGAUUUGAAUUCUAGGAAAAGAAAAUCAGUUUCCAAGGGAAAAGCAAAGGAUCCUCCUCCUCUAUCUUCUUCUCGGUCGUCCGCUUGGCCCAUUACAUGCCUUACGGGGCGGCUCCUCAUCAUCCUCACCACAAUCUGUACCAGCAGCAGUCGCAGGCUGUGGCGUAUCAACAGCAACAGCAGCCGCCGAAGCAGCAGCAGUCGCCGCCACCACAAUUCCGUCGGAAGCAGCGCUGGUUUGAGCGGGAACGAGAGGCUUCCCGGGUCCGUUUUGCUCGCCAGGGAAAGGCUGCUGAAGAGGCUGAGAGGGAUGCCUCCUUCAGAAACCAGGCGGCAUAGAGCAUUGCAUCUUUACAGAGAUGGGCUACUGCAUGUUGAUGACUUGAGUCCCCUUGUAAGGGAUUGGGACGCUGAAAUCUUGACAAGUCAGCCAGCCACUGCCUAUUCUUCGACUAACUUGGGCUCCCAAAUUGAAAGGCUACAUCUCUUGCAAGAAGCGAACAAGAAGCCUCCAGGUCUUAGUCAAGAGGUUCUUGAUUGUUUGAGCACUGAUAUUUUCAGCAGCGCAGAAGUGGGUGUUGACGGCUUGGUGUUAAAGGCUUCCGGAGAUUGUAGUAUUUGCCUGGAGAGUUUUACCGAUGGAGAUUAGCUUAUUUGCUUGCCUUGUGAACAUAGAUUCCAUGCUGCCUGCUUGAGUCCCUGGGCUCUUAUUCGAGGAGACUGCCCAUACUGUCGGAGAGUUAUAGUUGUAGAUGGUCAAAAUGCUAAAAUGACUACAUAGUUUCCAUUGAGAUGUUUUAUUGCCUUGUGCUCGUGUUAUAGGAAAAGUUUUGAAACUCGACUGCCAAAUUAUGGCGAUGCUUUCAAAUUAGGUGCGAUGCAUCAUAGUUUUGUUUGGCUUGUAUACUGGUGGAUGCUUAUAAUCUGUGUUAUGUAACCCUACAGCAGUUGUAAGGCAUGUGAAAUGGUCAGCUGAAAAAAAAAAAAAAGAUAACAAGAUCACGAAGGAAGAGGAAAGAGAAAUGGCUGGUAGUGCUUGACGUAGUUCUCUAUGCCGUUUACAUGCUUAGCAUCUUCGACAUCUACUUCAAGUCCUUCAUUGUCCACAGCAUGGAUCCCGUCACCUUUCGCUUCUCAAGUCACCUUCUCCUCUCGCCAACAACAGCUCAUCACCUAGCGCCGCUGCAAUUCCUCCACUUCAGGCUUGACGCCU